AUGUCUAGAGCUAUAUCAACACUGUCCUUUAACUUACAGCAGGCUCCACCUAUAUUCUCAUCUUUGGAAAGCCGUUCUCCCACUUGCAAACCAUCACUUUCCUCGUUUUGGAUCAAUGAUAAAGAGAACUUGGCAUCAUCCUCAUCCAAUCUGCCAACCAGUUCAACAUUGGCAUCAAAUGCAGAAAAGAAAAGAGCGGCCUAUAUUUCAUGUGAAACCAAAUUGAAAAGAAUGAUGAUGGAAGAUGAGAAUUACUCAUUCAUUUUGAAUCCUUGUUGUGACAAGAUUGAUUGCAAAUUUGUCAAGAAUGCCAUUUUGAAAGACUCCAGGACUAGGAAUCUGAGUAGAGAUAGUUUGGUUGCUUCCCUAAUUUCUAUUGAUUCUGAAGAUGGUGUUGAAUUUAACAACAAGGUUGCUGAUAGUUUGCUUGCUUCUCCUUUGAGAACAAAUUCGGUUGAGAAAGUCAUUCGUGUCGAUCCACUGGACUUGAAUGACGAUGAUACACAACUGAUAUAUAAGAACUUAUUUGAUGAGCUUAUUUCUUCCACCAGUCUGAACCAUAUCCAAACCCACUUUGACGAAAAACUUGCCAAGUUGAAGAGCAUAAUCAGGGAAAGAAAAAAUCGCAAAAUGAAAACCUAG